AAAUAUAUUGCCUACCCGCCUGGGGCAAAUUUAAAUUUUAAAUGGGAAUGUUUUUAAAUGCACUUUUUCUCCUAAUUUAAUUAAACUAAUUUAAUUAUAUUUGAACAGAUAAUAUCUUUUUCACUGUUUAAUCAUAUUAUUUAAGUGUAGAAAUGGACGAAGGGCGUUUACCCGUUGCUGCUGAGGGUGGUUAUAAUUAUGAUGAUCGAACAAUUUAUGUAGGCUCCUGGAAUUUUGGUGGUAAACGACAAGGAGAAGGUCAUUUGCAACUUCCAGAUGGUACUAGAUACGAUGGAUUAUUUGAAAAUGGUUUGUUUCAUGGAAUUGGUGUACUUUCUUUCCCAGAUGGUGCAAAAUACGAAGGAGAAUUUUUUGAUGGUUGGUUUCACGGAUAUGGUAUUUUUUGGAGAUCAGAUGGUAUGAAACAUGAAGGAGAAUUUCGAGGAGGAAAAAUUUGGGGUCUUGGUCUAACAACAUUUUCGGAUAAUAGCCAUGGAUUUCCAAGAAACGAAGGAUUUUUCCAUGAGUGUCAAAUGAAAACGUCUUCCCGUUGUCCUCAAGUCAUAAAAAAGGCACAGCGGGUGGCUUUUAUUGCCAGAAACAAGUACAUAUAUAAAAGAUAAAAGCUCUAAAAUAAAACACUUUUUUGUCAAAAUUAAAAUUGAUUUUUUUUAAUAUUAUGUAGGUAUUUAUAGAUAAAUAAAUAAAAAAAGAGCAUAGAA